GGUAAACUAGUCAUUACUCGGUCAAAUGUUUGGGGUCGGAGGAGCCACCUCUGGAUGCGGAAGAGGGGGCAGCGGCGGCGAAGGGCGGUCGUGGCCGUCCACGACAUCAGUUUCCGCUUCCGGAAAACGAAUCCAGAAAGAGAUGACGGAGCUUAGCUGGGAGCCUCUGCCCGACUGUGCCGCUGGCCCCAAAGGGGAUAAUCUUUACCAUUGGGUCGCCACUCUCUUCGGCCCCCCUGGGACACCUUAUGAUGGCGGAAUAUAUUUCCUUGACAUAACAUUCCCAUCUGAGUAUCCAUUCAAAUCUCCAACGGUUGUUUUCAAAACUCGCAUCUACCAUUGCAACGUUGAUCCUGCUGGCCUUGUUAAUUUGGUCAUUUUGAGAGAUGGCUGGAGUCCAGCUUUAACAAUUUCAAAGGUGCUACUUGCUCUCAGAUCUAUGUUUACGACCCCGGACACAUAUAAUGCUGUUGUUCCUGGUAUUGCUCAGUUGUAUUUGGUUAAUAGAGCACAGCAUGAUAAACUAGCUGCAGAGUGGACUCAAAGGUUUGCAAGGUAAAAUUGGUUGGGACUCGUCUGGAUCAGAAUACUAUUGCAUACCUCAUAGUCAGCCUAUUUCAUAUCUAUGUUGUUAGGAAACGUGCACAUGACUAGAGUAAAAAAAUCUGUUUCCCCAGACUGUGAUGUGAAUAGGUGAUCUCUUCACCAGCCUGAUUGUCACAUGUUACAAUAUCUGGUUCUUUCACAUGACUACUGGCCUUGUUGGGUAAAACCCUUGUGUCUUUCUUUUUUUGGGCUGGUUUAAACACUUUUAGCUGCUUUGGCUAAAAUUUGUUUGGUGAAUAGAAUGUGGGUUCAACAUUUCAACUUAUCUCUCAAAAAGCCAAUUUCACAAAGGCUAGCAAUUUCAUCACCUUUUUUGCCAGACUAAAUGAUCAAAACCAUAUUUAUAGGUAAAGAUUAUACAAAUGAUGUUCAUUUAGAUAUAAAAGUACAUUCUUGAUACCGUUCCAAUGACGCUCUACGUUGUGCUUGUCCUGAGCUAUUUUCAGCUAACAAAUUCAUGAGAAUGUAAUAUUUGGGUAAGUAUGUUUGUUAAAGUACAAUAAUAUGCAUAUUGCACUUUAAUUGGGAGUUCCUUCUCCCAAUAACUUUUCACUGUUGGAUCUUGUUGUAUAUCCAUA